AUGACCGGUGCCCUCUUCGUAUUUAAACAAACCAGUUGGCCAAGUCAAGAAAGCACCUAUCCACACAGAGUACUCUGGCAGACCAUUUCCAUGUAUAAAGUCGGAAUAGGCAAGAGAGUGGCUGUUGUAGACACUUCUUCAACAAUUGUGGUGGAUGUUGGCGCUUCGGUGGUAGUCGUCGUUGUUGCCUCCAGUGUUGUAUCGGUAGAGAUCUGUGUUGAAGAAACUGCCGUGGAGUCAGUGGUAGACUCUGCAGUUGUGGUUGUUGAAGCGGGAGCUGAUGUUGUGACCGAAGCAUCGACCGAAGAUGUCAAUUCAUCCGACGUCGAAAGAACAGAUGUUGAAAUAGAUGAAUCAGAUACCGCUGUACUGGUGACCUCAGUUGAUGUUGUUAUAGAAAUAUCAGACGAUGCGACCGAAGUCGUAGACCCAAGAUCAGUUACAGAAGUGGAUUCCGAGACCGCGAUCGUCGUUGUUGCUGUCAACUCAGUCUGCUCGCUUGAUACCGUCGUGUCCGAUAAUGGCGCUGAAGAGCUAAAGGUCGCGGAGAAAGUGGAGUCGGAAAUCGCGAGAAUGGUUGUUGUCGUUGAGUCUGACUGCUCGGCUGCUUUCGUGGCAUCUGUCGACAAUGCUGAGGAUAGUCCCAGACUUUCUGUGGUGGUAGCAGUAGUUGCGGUAGCUGAUUUGGGUUAUUAG